UUAUCCCAGCCUUUCUAUGCUGGGGUGGAGUGCAGACUGAAUCCUCUUAACCAGGUAAUCUGUGGAUCCAUCUGCUGUUACCGACACUCACCCCACAUCCACUCUACACCAAUAUGUUACCUCUUCAUUAGACUCUGUAACCCAGCACAAGAGAAGACCAUGCUGCUGUCACCUCAGGCAGAGAGGAACUGGGAGGGUCUCUGUGAGGUGCUUGAAGAUGUGUUGGAGGACCAGUCACACAAGCAAUUGUUUGCCUUGGAGAUUGGCUCCGGAACAGGACAACAUGUCAUUAGAUUUGCACAGAAAUUACCCUUUGUUACAUGGCAGCCAUCAGACAUUAAAGAGGAGUGUCGUGACAGCAUAAAGGCAUAUAUAGCUGCUACCCAUGUUAAAACUGUGCUGCAGCCCAUCCUGCUGGAUGCCAGCGAACCUUGGGACAAAUGGACAGGUGUUUCUCCUAAUUCCUGUGAUGUUAUUAUUGCCAUUAAUCUCCUGCAGUACAGCUCCUUCAAAACAGCACAGGGUGUUUUCAGUGGAGCCGGGCAGAUCCUUAAACCAAAUGGCCUUUUCAUAACAUAUGGGGUGUUUGCUGUUAAUGGCAUCAUCACACCCAGCUGCAAUGAAGUUCUGGAUAAAGAACUAAGGAAACUGAACCCAGAAUGGGGUCUUCCAGACCUGGAUGUGCUGAGACAGAAGGCCUAUGGAAAUGGGCUGCGUUUGGAGAGAAUGAUUGAAAUGGAAGACUAUUACAAAUGCCUCAUCUUUAGGAAGCUCUGAAGGUUAUCCCUAUAGUAUAAUCUACAGCAGAUUUUACACAAACCAAUCAAGAAGAACAAAAAAAGUAUUUUUUAACAAACUUUAACAGACUGAAAUGUUUUUUUUUUUUUU